ACAGUACCUGAGAAACCGGCGCAUAAGGAGCUUCGUGAAUUACAGUCCUGUUAGACGUUAAUCUUACUGAAAAUGAAAACUGUUGUGAUAUUGAGUUUUCUGUUGGCCGUUGUGCUGGCACGCCCUGAGACCUAUGACACGCAGUACGACAAUUUCAAUGCUCAAGAUCUGGUGGAGAACCCGCGUCUACUUAAGAACUACGGAAAAUGUUUCCUCGGAAACGGCCCUUGCACAUCUGAAGGAAAAGACUUCAAAGAUAUAAUACCUGAUGCACUGAAGACAGAGUGCGCUAAAUGUAGCCCAAAACAGCGUCAAUUAAUCAAGACCGUAAUCCGAGGUUUCCAGGAUAAACUCCCAGAGAUGUGGACAGAACUGGUCAAGAAAUACGACCCCAAUGACGAGCAUAAGGAAGCUUUUGAAAAAUUCCUAAACAGCCCUAACUAAACCAAAGAACUACAAUAAAUAGGCCCUAAAUUUCCAUGAAAUCGUUACACGAUUGUACGUUGUACGAUUGUACAAAUAGUAAUAAUUGUGAUAAAACAAAGUGUAUAUAAAGAAUAUAUUUCUCACGACACUGGUGUAUUGUAAAUAUUAAUUUAUUGGUUUUGUUUGAACUGUAUACGAAAACUAUUGUUACAGUAUUAUUAUUUUUUUUUGAUUUUGUAUUGGCUAUUGAAUCAAUUUCUACUACCAAAUAUCACAAUGUAGAUUGAAAUAAAUUUUGUUUUAU